AGAGCUUAGUGCGGGAGGCGCGGCUGUGAGUCAAAACUCAGAGUGGGGGAUCUCGGGUUAGGGGGAGCGCGGCGGCGGCGAUCGGGCUUAGUCGGAGCUCCAAAGGGAGAGACUAGGCGGCAAGGGUGGGCUACUUUUCUUCCGGUGCUUUGAUUUUUCUUGCCUUUUGGUUCGGGCCGAGUGUCGCCCCCAGAGCAGAGAUCCCCUCGCAAAACCCGAGCGACCCUCCCGUCAAUUGUUAGGCUUGGGAUCGUCGGGAGCGUCGCGGAGCCCCUAGUGAGUCGGGCGCGCAGGCAAGGGGAGCGAAGCCGACCGCGGGCGGGAAGCCGGAGCUUGCCUGUCUCCCUUGCACGCCCCAGCAGGUCCGCUUGCGCAGGGCGCAGGGUGCGCGCGAUGAAGGCGGUGAGCCCGGUGCGCCCCUCGGGCCGCAAGGCGCCGUCGGGCUGCGGCGGCGGGGAGCUGGCGCUGCGCUGCCUGGCUGAACACGGCCACAGCCUGGGUGGCUCGGCGGCAGCGGCGGCAGCGGCGGCGGCAGCGCGCUGCAAGGCAGCCGAGGCGGCGGCCGACGAGCCGGCGCUGUGUCUGCAGUGUGAUAUGAACGAUUGCUACAGUCGCCUGCGGAGGCUGGUGCCCACCAUCCCGCCCAACAAGAAAGUCAGCAAAGUGGAGAUCCUGCAGCACGUUAUCGACUACAUCCUGGACCUGCAGCUGGCGCUGGAGACGCACCCGGCUCUAUUGAGACAGCCGCCACCUCCCGCGCCGCCGCACCACCCGGCCGGGACCUGUCCGGCAGCGCCGCCGCGGACCCCGCUCACUGCGCUCAACACCGACCCGGCCGGCGCGGUGAACAAGCAGGGCGACAGCAUUCUGUGCCGCUGAGCCGCCUGUCCAGGUGUGCGGCCGCCUGAGCCCGAGCCAGGAGCACUAGAGAGGGAGGGGGAAGAGCAGAAGUUAGAGAAAAAGCCACCGGAGGAAAGGAAAGGAAAAAAAAAAAAAUCAGCAAAUCUAGGAACGUUUCACGUCAUUCCAAGAGAGAGGGAGAGGAAAGAAAAAUAAAACUUUCACCUUUUUUUUUUUUUGCACGUUCAUAAACAUUCUACAUACGUAUUCUCUUUUUUUGUCUCUUCAUUUAUAACCGCUGUGAAUUGUACAUUUCUGUGUUGUUUGGAGGUGCAGUUAAACUUUUAAGCUUACGUGUGACAGGACUGAUAAAUAGAAGAUCAAAAGUAAAUCCGACUUCAGAAGGCUACAUUGUGACCAAGGAGCUCAAUUUUUGUUUUGAAGCUUUACUAAUAAACCAGAGCAUUGUAGAUAAUUUUUCUUUACAUCUAUUGUUUAAAAUAGAUGAUUAUAACGGGGCAGAGAACUUUCUUUUCCCUGCAAGAAUGUUACAUAUUGUAUAGAUUACUGAGUGACAUUUCAUACCGUGUAUAUAUAGAGAUGUUCUAUAAGUGUGGGAAAGUAUAUGCUUUAAUAGACUACUGUAAUUAUAAGAUAUUUUUAAUUAAAUAUUUUUUGUAAAUAUUGUGUGUGUUUUUUUAAUCUAUGGGAAUAUUUCUUUUGGAAAAUUAUUUUUCAGCUCAAUUGCAGAGCUCUUGCUAUCUUGAAUGUCUUUUCUGUUUGGCCUGACUUUUAAUUUGUUUUUGUUUUACUCAGUGUAGUAGUCUCGGAAGUAACAGUUAUAGGUAGUGAUCUUGCACGACUGCAUGAGAUGUUUAAUCACAAAAUAAACUUGUUCUGAGUCCAUUCAAAUGUGUUUUCUUUAAUCUAGACUGAAACCUUUGUAUUUGAAGUGUACAUGUUGAAAAUAAUAUCUUACCAGUUUUUAAGUACAGGGUUUUAUAGGAUAAUAUAUAAAGAGUGUUUUUGUUUUUUUAACUGAGGUCAAAUAGAUUCCGAAUGACUUUGCAUAUAGGAUGGGGAAAUGUUUGGAUCCUUAAUGAGUUUACAAAGUCUGCUGUUUUAUCAAAGUGAAAAAAAAUUGCUGUCACGCUUAAUUUUACACUAAAGCAUAAUGUCAUGAAGUUUCAUAUCUGUACAGAUUAUUUAAAUCAUAGAAAUGAAAAAUGUUCUCUGCUUGCUACCAAAGGACAAACUCUUGGAAAUGAACAUUUUCUGCUUUCCUUCCUCCAAAGAAUAAUAGGCAAUAGUGGGAGAAAAAAAAAAGGCGUAAUUGCAAAUCCUUCAAGCAGGGAUAAAAGUCGAUCUUCAAACAUUAACUUAAGUAGACCAAAAAUUCAGAUGACCGCAUCUAGAUUAUUUUUUUAUAAAAAUGAUUUUCAAUAUAGCUAUGUCAGUUACCACUAAGCUACUGUCCAAUCUCUUGUGAUGUGUAACUUUUACAUGUGAAAAUUAAAGUAGAUUUAUCUGUCUUGUACUGUGAUUCCUGGUCUCAUUUAUUUAAAAACUUACUAUUUAUUUUUUAAGAUCCUCCAAAGAAGGUAAUAUUUUCCAGGUUAGAUAGAACCAUCAGAGUUUGUGAGCAUUAUACAUUCAAUGUAAUGGGUCCUUUACACACCAGUUAGAUGGAAUUUUUAGAGUGAGAAUUAAGUAGGAUUUAAUUGGGUGCUUUGUAAAUAGUCAACUGUGUGUGUAACGUGGUCUGUUUGAUUUUUAAAAGGAAAGGAUUUGUUUCAGAUUAUACAAGAAUAAAAGUAUUAUAGACUCAAGGGACUUUUUAUGAGGUCCAAGUCAAAUAUUUAUAUGAAUAUGAAAUAUCAUGGUCCCUAGUAUCAGCUAAAGUGGCAAUGUCUCAACAGAGAUGAACAAAAUUAAGGCUAGCAGGUUUAAAAUUGAUCAAAGGGUUGAAAAAUUCUGCCCUAUUCCCACAUAUUUUCCUCUUAGCUCUGGUCUUGGGUAUUUUUAGAAUGUGAUGUUGAACCUUAUAAAGUCAAAGGGCUGCUUAUUAAGAUGAGAUUUAUGUUUAUUUUUCAUAAUAUCCAUUCUUGUCACACAUCAAGAGGAAAACACUAGAACACUGCUGGAAUUCCAAAUUUGAAGAAUUCUAACGAUGGCAUUCUUUGUUAUUAAAAAGGGCACAAUUCCUCCUUUUUAUUUGGCAGUUCAGUGUCAGUAGGAAGCAUGUCACAUGUGCGCAGUUUGUUGGAAUUAUGCGUUUGUCUUGCCUGGUUGCUGAAGCCUACCUAAGCUUUUGGGCAGAGUUUAAAACUUACAAAGUUGAGCUCUGAACCUCAAAACAAAUGGCUAGAGACUUGAUUUGUGAAGAGUGAUGUGGCACUUAAAUUUGUAUCGAGGGCAUGAAAGAAUCACUGAAAGAAAAUACUGUGUUUCCAAGAGCUGAUAUUUUUCUCUUUUCAACCAACAUUUGAUGCCCUUAAAGAAAGAUCAUUGAUUUGUUAUUAUUAAACAACAAAAAUUACAUGCAGUUGUAAAAGAUACUACUUUCUAUUAUAAUGUUGACUGUGUCCUAACCAAGCAACCAGUUAUAAAAAUAUUUGAGUCUUUUAUCUAGGUAGUUCUAGUAAUGCAGAUAUUUAGUUUUACAAGGGAAAAUAUCUUGACUUCUCUCAUUUAAUUUGUAGACUUUCAAUUUAUAGACACAACCAAAGAAUAAGACUCAUUUAAAACCCUAGAGGAAAAAUAAGUAUCCCACAUAGUGGAUGUUGUUUCUGAGAUUAUUAUAAAAUUCUGACAUCUCAAACUUCUCAUGUUAAAGGAAGAAAAAAAACCUUUCAUUUCCAAGAACUAAUAUACUUUGAUAUUGUAUAAUUCAUACCCAAGUUUAUUGUCAAGCUUUAACUGCAUUUUUAGAACUUUUAAAAAUUUGACCCCAAAAAUCUAUUGUAUUAGACAUCUUCUAUAAACAAUAAAUCUUCACUGAGAAACAGG